AUUUUGUGAUAGGCUGGCUUAGUGUAUUUUUAUCCCUAUUCAAUGAAAUAGAAAUGGCAGAUUAAAGGAGUAUUGUCACAUCUUAUGGCUUGUUAACAUCUCAGUCACUUUUGUUUCAAGGACUUAACAUGGCAAGAUGAGCACUCCGCUCCCUUCUCUUGGGAGACCAAGAGUCAGAUGGAAUUCAGCAUCAUCUCCGGUUGCCAGCACUGACGAGUCAUCCUUCUGGAAGAUCAGCGCCGAACGCUCGCGGCUAGAGGGCGAGAAGGCUGAGUUUCAGUCUCUGACGCCCAGCCAGAUCAAGUCUCUGGAGAAAGGAGAGAAGCCUUUGCCGUCGUACCUGAGGUCAGAGUCUGGGGCGAGGGAGUCCGAGUAUGUGCCUCCCUCACGGCCGGUUCAGCAGAGAAUCACCAAACCUCAUGCCCCUCCUCCCCCCGUUCCCAUCAGCGUGACCCCUGUGGCCAUUAGUGUGACCCCAACACCUCCUGCUCCCGUGUCCUCCUCAGAGGAAGGGUGGGAGAGGGCCCAGAGCACGCUUCCGUCUGUAAGCACUAUGGGUGAUGUGUUCAGUCCUGGUCUGGUCACCAGGUCUUCCUCUCAGUCCAACAGCACAGUCAAAGAUGCCAAGGCAGAAAGCUCACCCACCUCCAGUCCUACCUUCUCACAGUUUAACACAAGCAGCAGUAUCCUGAAGACUGGAUUUGACUUCUUGGACAACUGGUAACGCAUGAAUAUCCUGAAGAACCCAUUCCAGAUCACAGGACCUUCAAGCACCACAAACCCAAAACUACCGAACACUUUCCUUUUAAGUCCAAAUGCUUCGGUGAUGUUUCUUUAGAGUGCAUCAAUAUCUCUAUGAUUGUAGUAAAAUCUUAAUCUGUCUGACUCCAUCUCACUGGUUAGAAGUUACUGAAUGCAUGAGCUAUGAUACAUCAGAUAGGAUUUUAAACAGAGCAUAUGUUCCUUUCACACUUGGUACAUUUGCUUGAGUCAGAACCCAUCGACUCUACUCUCCUGGCCCUGUUGGUCUGCUUUCCCACUGUUAUUGUUAUUCUAAACUGUGGUAUGUUUGCAAAAAUUCUUUCACCAUCAACAUUAGAACCACCAAAAGCUGUUUAUCCUGUGUAUCCAGGCAAUGAAGUUUGAAAUCUUAAAGUUGCAGAACAAUGUUUGAUGUGACUAUCAAACUGGCACAAUAUACUGAAUCAGUACCAGCCCACUUCUGGAUUGCAUUCACAUCAACCACGAACCAUACUGUGGUUCACAUUAAAACAAACCCCUCUUUCGGACUUAAGUAAAAUUCCUUUGUGUGCGGUUACAGAAGUUUGGAAGAUACAUUAAUCAAACAAGCCAGAACUCAGAUCCACACUAAAACUACUAGUGUGAAUGCUACAUCACCAUCACUGCCAUACAUUUUUAUCUAUAUUUAUCUAGACCUCAAAACUAGUGUUAAGAUGCUUCACUGUACUUUUAUUGAUAAGGACCUAAAUGAGACACCGUAGCGCUAGCAUGGUUUUGAGGAGGUGACUUGCGCCUUGCUUGUUUUGUAGACCUUUUAUAUGCGUGCUACUUUCAUUAUAUGCUUUGAAGUGAAUCAUUGACUUUCUCCAUUCGUUGUUUAGGCCCAAAACAUACUCCACGCAAGUACGCAAAUGUGGAUGCAACAUUAAACGGGUGUUAUGGCAGUUACAACCUCCAGAACUCAAGGGGGCGAUAGAGUUAACAAACUGAAUGUGCGAUUGUUCAGGUAGCUAGCUGUAAACGCAUAGAUAUAACUCGCUCUUCGCUUGCGUUUGAUGUUUACGGCAUGCUUGAUUUUGGACGUGUGAAAUCGACGUUUGCAUUUACGUACUUGUCUGUCGUAUGAUUCAGGGCUAAGCUAACUAGGGUUCAAAAGUAGGAAUCAAUUUUGGAGCUUUGUUGCGAGAUGUUUUUGUUGAAUACGAAUGCGUGGCCUGGAGCCAGUAUUUUUAUGCAUUCAUAUAUCUGUAAUGGAAGAUAAGUACAAUAAAAGAAGUACACUAA